GUCCCUUACCUAAGUUCCCCUUCACAUCCCAAAUAUCCCAAAGCUCCAUCUACUGAUUCAUUCCGUCGACACCAAAAAUCGAUCCAUACUGUGGGGUGUUGCGGGGUCUAAAACUUAACAAUUGUAACAUGUAGGAACUGAUUGUCUCAUCAAUUGUAAGCAAUUGGAAAUGGUGGCCGCUAUGUGGACCGAGAAGUUGUGUUUUUCGUGGAAAGUUGAUCCUAAGCCGCCAUGAUCCGACGGAAGUGCAGUACCCUUCCGACGGAUAUAUAUAUUCAAUGUCGUCCAACUGUUAAUUCCAUGAAUUGAACGAUAUAUCUAUCAUUUCCAUCUUCUUUUGCCCUCACUCAUACCUGUCCACAUAUCCAAAAUGGCCAACGCAAUAGCAGACACCAAUGGCAAUGCUUCACAUAAAUUCGAUCCAAACUUCACACAAAAUGUCAUUGACGCAAUGGGACCCAAGACCAGUCCUCGUAUGAGAGAAGUUAUGGGAUGUCUCAUCAAACAUGUCCACGACUUUGCGCGAGAGGUAGAACUUACAGUUGAUGAAUGGAUGUUGGGAGUAGAGCUUCUCAAUGAAGCAGGAAAGAUGAGCGACCAUAAGAGAAAUGAGGGACAAUUAGUUUGCGACGUCAUUGGCUUAGAAUCACUCGUGGACGAAAUCACAUUCAAAAAAGCUGCAGAUGCAGUUGAUGCUCCCACCGCAAGUGCGAUUCUUGGACCAUUCUUUCGACAUGAUGCUCCAGUCUUGGAAAACGAAUCUUCGAUUAUUCAAACGGCAGUUGAUGAUGGAGAGAUAGUGUACAUGCAUGGCACAGUCACAGAUCAUACGACCAAAAAGCCUAUAGUUGGAGCUACGGUAGAUGCAUGGCAAGCAUCAACCAAUGGAUUAUAUGAACAACAAGAUGAUGAACAAGCGGAACAUAACUUGAGAGGAAAAUUUAAGACUGAUGAGAAUGGACAUUAUGGAUUUUAUUGCUUGAAGCCAACUCCUUAUCCUGUUCCUUUUGAUGGUCCCGCUGGCAAAAUCCUACAAUUAUUAGACAGACAUCCAUUCCGACCUGCACAUAUCCAUUUGAUUGUCCAACACGAUGACUACAAACCUCUCACAACCCAAAUCUUCAAUUCCAAAGACGAAUAUCUUCAAAACGACUCAGUCUUUGCAGUGAAAGAUUCACUCAUUGUCGAUUUUGUUCCUUUGAAGAAUAAUCCCAAAGCAUCUCUAGAACUCAAUUAUCCAGUCAUUCUUGCUCCUCAAACCGGAGCAUAGAAAGUCGUCUGUCUAGUAUAUCAUCGGAGUAUGGGAGGAGUACUGUGGAAUUUACCUUGUCAAAAAUAUUUCGAAAUUCAAUAUCAGAAGAAUUUUAGUUUUCUUUUCUUGAAAUGUUAUAUGAACACACUGUUUGUCUAUUAUCUAGUAUAUCAAUUCAAUAAUAUAUUCUUCA